CCUCAGAACAUCCAGAUCACUAGUCAAACAACAAAGAUAUUAAUUGUGAGAGAGCAAUGAGAAAGACCAACGUUCAUUUUGUUAUCAUGGCAAUGCUGGUCAUGGUUGGAACCCAAGUUUUGAGUGAUAAGAAGGUUUCAGCCCAAUGCGAGGGCAAGGUUCCUCUUCCUCAGCUUAUAUCAAAAUGUUACAAAUUUGUUGAGAAACCAGGGCCCAAAGUCCCUCCAUCUCAAGGAUGCUGUCAAGUUGUGAAAAAGGCCGACAUUCCCUGCGCAUGCAAGCUUGUUACAUCAGAAAUCGAAAAAAUCGUUAGCAUGGAGAAGGUGGUAUAUGUUGCUAGGACCUGUGGCGUGGAGGUCAAACCUGGACUCAAAUGUGGAAGUUACACUGUGCCACCUUUGGCAUAAGAGAGAAAGAUUCAACAGAGAUCGUUAUGGAAUUGGAAGCAACAAAGAAGUAAUUUUUAUAGUAAUAAUAAUAAUAAUAAAAAAGAGUAUGGCGGUAUACAUUCAACAGGUUUAUUAUUCUGUCUUGUAGACAGUGUUUCAUUCUCUUAUUAAAUAUUGGAGCAGAAGAUUAAGUUAUUAAUUCAAUAAGCAGAGUUCUGUUGGUUUUCUAA